UACAUUGAACGUGACAAAAAAAAGGACCAUCCGCGCCUUGUCUCACCAUGAGCAGCCAGAGGUUCACUGUCUCCAAGAGCGACGGGGAGCAGCUCGCCUCCGACAGCCAGGGGGAGGUGAACCAGCUGUUUGAAGGAGAUGACCCGCCCGGUACUAGCGCCACAGACGGGGGAGAGCCAGCUGCAGCGGGGGCCGAGGUGGUCGUGGUUCUCAAAGGUGAAAGUAAUCCCAAGGAGAGCAGCCCCUUCAUCAACAGCAGCGAUGCAACUGCAGAGAAGAGCCAGCAGUACGACGGCAAGAACAUGGCCCUGUUUGAGGAAGAGAUGGACACCAGCCCUAUGGUGUCAUCUCUGCUCAGCAGUCUGGCCAACUACUCCAACCUGCCCCAAGGAAGCAAGGAGCACGAGGAGGCAGAGAACAACGAGGCAACAGAGACACGCAAGAAGCCUGUCAAGGCUCCACAACUUGGCACUCUGAUGGGGGUGUACCUGCCAUGUAUCCAGAAUAUCUUUGGAGUCAUCCUCUUCCUCAGGAUGACCUGGCUGGUGGGCAUUGGAGGAGUCAUUGGGACCUUCAUCAUCGUCUUCAUGUGCUGUGCCACAACCAUGCUGACUGCCAUCUCCAUGAGUGCCAUUGCAACCAAUGGAGUUGUGCCAGCGGGAGGCUCGUACUACAUGAUCUCGCGCUCGCUGGGCCCAGAGUUCGGAGGAGCAGUGGGGAUCUGUUUCUAUCUGGGGACCACAUAUGCUGGUGCCAUGUACAUCCUGGGAGCCAUCGAGCUGCUCUUGAUCUACAUAGUGCCAAAAGCUGCCAUCUUCCCCUUGGAGGGUCUGGAGGGGCCAGAGGCGGAAGCGGCCUUGCUCAACAACAUGCGAGUGUAUGGGACCAUCCUUUUGACCUCCAUGGCCACUGUAGUGUUUGUUGGGGUGAAGUACGUCAACAAGCUGGCCUUGGUGUUCUUGGCUUGCGUCAUUCUCUCCAUCCUGGCUGUGUACGCUGGAGUCAUCAAGACAGCCAUUGAACCACCAGUAUUCCCAGUGUGUCUGCUGGGGAACCGCACCCUGAUGUGGAAAAGCUUCGACGUGUGUGCUAAGACUGUAGAGACGGCCAAUGGGACGGUGACCACGCAGCUCUGGCAGAUGUUCUGUGACUCUCCCUUACUGAACGCCACCUGCGACAAGUACUUCGCCGCCAACAACAUCACUCAGAUCCAAGGCAUCCCUGGGGUCACCAGCGGCAUUCUGUCAGAGAACCUGUUGCCCAUCUACUAUGAGAAGGGGGACCUGAUUGCUCGGGAUAACAUGGAGUCAGUGGAAGAUGCGGAUGACCCCCUGACUAGCUCAAACCGCUACGUGCUGGCAGACAUCACAAGCUUCUUCACACUGUUGGUGGGCAUCUACUUCCCCUCUGUGACAGGCAUCAUGGCCGGCUCUAACCGCUCCGGAGACCUGCGUGACGCCCAGAAGUCCAUUCCCAUUGGGACCAUUGCCGCCAUUACCACCACCUCUACUGUCUACAUGUCCAGUGUGGUCCUCUUCGGUGCUUGCAUCGAGGGUGUGGUCCUUAGGGACAAGUUUGGUGAGGGGGUGCAUGGGAACUUGGUGAUUGGUACGUUGGCUUGGCCCUCUCCAUGGGUCAUUGUGAUUGGCUCGUUUUUCUCGACAUGUGGGGCGGGGCUUCAGAGUUUGACAGGAGCUCCGCGUCUGCUUCAGGCCAUCGCAAAGGACGGGAUUGUGCCUGCUCUGAGGAUCUUUGGGCACGGGAAGGCCAAUGGUGAGCCCACAUGGUCGCUGCUGCUGACAGCUUGUAUUUGUGAGAGUGGCAUCCUCAUCGCCUCCCUGGACUCGGUGGCUCCCAUUCUCUCCAUGUUCUUCCUGAUGUGCUACAUGUUUGUGAACCUGGCCUGUGCCCUCCAGACCCUGCUGAGGACACCCAACUGGAGACCUCGCUUCAAAUUCUACCACUGGGCUCUGUCCUUUUUGGGAAUGAGUUUGUGCCUCACUUUGAUGUUCCUCUGUUCCUGGUACUACGCCAUCGUCGCCAUGGUGAUUGCCGGCUCUAUCUACAAGUAUAUCGAGUUUGCAGGGGCAGAGAAAGAGUGGGGUGAUGGAAUCCGUGGUCUCUCUCUGAGCGCUGCACGUUAUGCUCUGAUGCGGCUGGAAGAAGGCCCACCACACACAAAGAACUGGAGGCCUCAGCUGCUGGUCCUGGUCAGUACAGAUGCUGAGCAGAACAUUGAGCAGCCGCGCCUGCUCUCGCUCACUAACCAGCUGAAGGCGGGCAAAGGCCUGACUAUCGUGGGCACAGCUCUGGAGGGCACUUACCUGGAAAACCAUGACCGAGCGCAGCGCGCAGAGCAGGCACUGCGUAAACUGAUGGAGACAGAGAAGGUGAAGGGCUUCAGUCAGGUGACUGUCUCAUCAAACCUGCGUGAUGCAACGUCCCACCUGCUCCAGGCCAGUGGGCUGGGAGGGCUCAAACACAAUGCUGUGCUGGUGUCCUGGCCACGCAACUGGAAACAGGGAGACGAGCACCAGCACUGGAGGAACUUUAUUGAGCUUGUCAGAGAAACCACAGCUGCUCACUUGGCUCUGCUCGUGCCUAAGAACAUCUCGGCCUUCCCAUCCAAUGGAGAGCGCUUCACUGAGGGUCACAUCGACGUGUGGUGGAUCGUCCAUGAUGGAGGCAUGCUCAUGCUGCUGCCUUUCCUCCUGCGCCAGCACAAGGUUUGGAGGAAGUGCAAGAUGCGCAUCUUCACUGUGGCUCAGAUGGAUGACAACAGCAUACAGAUGAAGAAGGACCUAACCACAUUCCUCUAUCACCUUCGUAUUGACGCCAUGGUGGAAGUGGUGGAAAUGCAAGACAGUGACAUCUCAGCCUACACUUAUGAGAAGACCUUGGUGAUGGAGCAGCGAUCACAGAUGCUAAAACAGAUCAACCUGACUAAGAAUGAGCGUGAAAGAGAGAUCCAGAGCAUCACUGACUCAUCCCGUGGGUCGAUCCGUCGUAAGAACCCAGCUGCAGUCACCACUCAGCUCAGUGUGACCGAGGAACCCCCAGCUGCCAGCAAAGAGGAGAAGCCUGAGGAGGAGUCAAAGUCGACUUCUCCCCCUGUGUCCUCCCCUGCACAGGUGCAGCUCAUCCAUGACAACACCACCCCCGCCAGCCCCGCCACCCCGGCCACCCCACUCACCCCUGAGGAGGUGCAGAGUCCUGGGACGCAGGUCCAGAUGACCUGGACUGAGAAGUGUGAUGGAGAAGCAGCUAAACCCCCUGGCGCAGCUACACCAGAGGGCCUCAAAGACAUCUUCAACAUGAAGCCCGAAUGGGAAAACCUGAACCAGUCCAAUGUUCGACGUAUGCAUACAGCACUGAGGCUCAAUGAAGUCAUCAUGAAGAAGUCAGCUGAGGCCAAGCUAGUCCUCCUCAACAUGCCCGGGCCGCCCAGGAACCGGACAGGAGACGAAAACUACAUGGAAUUCCUUGAGGUCCUCACUGAGGGUCUGAACAGGGUGCUCCUGGUCCGUGGAGGUGGCCGGGAGGUCAUCACCAUCUACUCCUGAAAAACCAGCCCUCCAGGACCCAGUCCCCACCCACACGUUAAGCCCCUUCUUCUCUCAUCCUCUCCCUCCUUAUCAGCUCCCAUACUCUGCCUCUCAACAUAUCUUUCUAUGCGCCAACCAUCUCACACCUGACCCAUCACCCCGCUCAGCUUUUGCACCCAACCGCAUCACACUGUAGUCCAUUCAGCUCCUAUAACCAAUGUAGGCUCUAGAUCAACUUAUAGAUGCUACCUAUAUUUGUUUGUGAAGAGACUUUUUUUUUUCUUUUCGUCUAUAUAUCUUUCUUUUUGUAACUCACACCAAGACAGCGAUGGGCGGUCGUGAGAUGAAGGUGUGAGCACUUACAGUAUGCAUGGGCACUGGUUGUUGUUAUCGUUUCUGACCUCUCCAGCGCUUAUCUUAUUUUCUCAAAAAAAUUGGAUGGCAUCUGCUUGGAAGAUAAGGAUUGGUUCCCCUGUGUAAAUGGACACCUCCAAUAGUCUUUAAUGUGGUUAUGUUUCAAGGCUAAAGACUAUCCCUCAUCACAACCACCAGCUUGAGAGAACAGAAGAAAGAGAACUUUGAAUUCCCUGAGAAUGAAUGAAAAAAUGAGCAGCAGCGCUAAUGUCCCCACUGACCACCCCUUCAGCAUGAUGUCCUAUUAAUUGUGUGUGAUCCAUGUGUUCUGUUGAAUGCUGUGUUUUCUUACUACUAAUUUCUUAGUGGCUGUUUAUUCCUGUAGCCACUGUUAGUGCCAAAAAACAA